AUGGUUUCUCUACAUUGGCUAUCUGGCCUUGUCAUCGGGCUUUACCUGGGCAGAUAUACAGCCGCCCAGUUCGUCACCCCGCCAAAGAGCGACACCUUUACCAAUGUAACAGGAUACGCCAAUGUUCCCGUCCGCUACAAGCAGGUGCCCCCGGGCAUCUGCGAGAUGAACCCCAGCGUCAAGAGCUAUUCCGGAUACGCCGACGUCGCCGAGGACCAGCACGCCUUCUUCUGGUUCUUUGAAGCCCGCGACGUCGACCCAAACACGGCGCCGCUCAGCGUCUGGGUCAGCGGCGGGCCGGGCUCCUCGUCCAUGAACGGGCUCUUCAAGGAGAUUGGUCCCUGCGAGAUUGACUACUUUGGCCAGCCCGUCAACCGCCCGCACUCGUGGUCGCGCCGCAGCAACCUCCUCUUUGUCGACCAGCCCACGCACGUUGGCUUCUCCUACUCGGUGCCCGUGCCGGGCACCAUUGACGGCAAGACCAAGACCAUCGUGCCGCUGCCCGACCGGACGUGCCCGCCAGACGCAAAGACCUGCGGCACUUUUUCGCUGCCUCACGCCAACCUGACGGCCAACUCGACAAUCAAUGCCGCACCCAACAUGUGGAGGACCUUGCAGGGCUUCAUGGGCGCCUUUCCGCAGUACUCGCGCCACGGCGUCCACUUUGUCUCCCAGUCCUACGGCGGCCACUACGCGCCCGUCUUUACCGACUACUUUUUGAAGCAGAAUGAGAAAAAGAUACCCGGCGCCGCGCACAUUGACCUCAAGAGCGUCCUCAUUGGCAACGGCUGGUACGACCCCAUCGUCCAGUACACCGCCUACUACAACUACACCGUCUCACCGGGCAGCACCUACGACUUUGCCAUGUUCAACACGUCCAUCCAGGAAAUGAUGCACGAGGACAUGUUUGGUCCCAAGGGCUGCCUCAACAGGCUCAGAGAGUGCCACAAGAACAACGACCAGAAGCAAUGCGAGGCCGCGGACCGUUACUGCAUCGGCCACAUUGACGGCUUCCCAUCACGCUACGCGAACCGCAACGUGUACGAUGUCCGCCAGCUAGACCCCAGUCCUUUCCCCUAUGGCUUUUACAAGAACUACCUCAACAGAGCCGACAUCCAAGAGGCCAUUGGCGCCUUUACCAACUUUUCCUCUUCGAGCACCGCCGUCGCGCAAGCCUUUCACACCACCGCCGACAACGGCCGCAGCGUCGGCUCCGUCGAGGCCCUCCAGAACCUCGUCAACCACGACGUUGCCGUUGCCAUGUGGGCCGGCGACGCCGAUGUCAUCUGCAACUGGUUCGGCGGCCAGACCAUCGCCGACAUGGUCGACGUCGCCGGCUGGUCCGACGCAGGCUUCACCAACCUCACCGCGAGCGACGGAAACGUACACGGGCAGGUCAAGCAGCUCCGCAAGUACAGCUUCACGCGCUUCUACGAGUCUGGCCACGAGGUGCCCUUUUACAAGCCCCUCGCCUCGCUCGAGUACUUUGAGCGCGUCAUUGGCGGCCUGGACGUGGCCACGGGCAAGAUUGACAUUACGAGCCAGUGCAACUACCGCAGCGUGGGCACGCCAGAGAGCACGUACCGCCAGGGCAACGCCACGGUGCAGUGGGAGGUGACGCCGGAAAAUAUAACGUACAAUGUCCAAACUGACAGGCCGGGCGCCGUAUGGAUCAAUAGUAAAGAUAGCUGCGUUGCGCCCAAGGCUGGAGCGUCAGCUCACUAG